UAUUUAUAAACAAUUUCCAUUGAGGAUAGAGAAAAUUAUCUAUUCAUUUGAAAAUUUGCCAAGACCACACAAUUCAGAAUGUAUAAAGUUUAUCAUUAAGGAUUUAUCAAGAAAAGAAAGGAUCUAAUAAACAAAAAUUAACCAUCGUCUCUCAGAAUUUUGUGUAAAGAUAUCAGGCCGUGCUGUACCUACACGAUGCACCGGGAUAAAUUUACCUUCAUCCCCAGCGAAAGGACAACAAUCUCAGAAAAGUUUGCCAGUUACUAUGGCAACGUGAAGUCUCUGUUGCUUGGCAACGAUUUGACAGGACGGCGGCAGACGUGCGAGGAGAACCCGUUCUCGUCUGACAGCGAGACUCAGCUCACGGGGUUUAACAAGAGCAGGGAAGAGCGCCACCUGAAGCCACAGACCGUUGACCUGUGUCGCAGAAGGAACAGAGAGGCCCACCACACCUCGGAGUACGAGGUUCCAAACCUGAUCAUCCGCAGGGGCCAGGUCUUUGACAUCAACAUCGAGUUCCAGCGCGAGUUUGUCAAGGGGGUCGAUCACCUGACCCUCAAGUUUGUCACAGGCAGUCGACCAACACAGAGCAGGGGGAGUGUCGUAGCUGUCAAUCAAGUGGACAAGAUCAGGGACGGCCACUGGGGAUUUCAAAUUGUGAGCGCCAAGGACAAAUGUGUGGCUAUCCAGGUCAGCUCUGACAGCGACGCCAUUGUUGGGAGAUAUGAGCUAUUUAUAGACACCACACACGGGAACAACGAAGACGCUGAGAAAUGGCGACAUAAACACCCGGAUGAUAUUUUCUUGCUGUUUAACCCUUGGCACAAAGGUGAUGGGGUUUACAUUGCUGGAGAGGCUGAAAGAAACGAGUACGUCCUCAACGAAACGGGCAGAAUUUGGCUCGGAGCUGUGGAGAAAUAUUUUGUUCGGCCAUGGAACUUUGGCCAGUUUGAAUACGUGAGUCUCAUCGCCGCCAUUUCCAUUCUGGACCGCUCUGAGUUAGCUGACAGGGCCAGAGGUAACCCAGCCUUGGUGACAAGGACAAUCUGCAAGGAGAUCCACUACACAGAGAGGAAUGGCGGGGUGAUAGAGGCAGGCUGGUCCGGCAAAUAUGACGACGCUGAGGCCCCGUACGCUUGGACCGGAAGUCCAUCCAUACUCGAGGAGUUCCUGAGGAAAAGGAAAGGCGUCAAGUAUGGGCAGUGCUGGACAAUGGCUGCAGUGACCACGACGUUGAUGAGGACUCUGGGAAUUCCCGCGAGGUGUGUGACGUGUUACCGAGCGGUGCACGACAGUGACUUCAGCGGACCAGUCAACACGCACUGGUCACAUGAUCUCAAACCCAAGACCGACAUGGACGACGCCAUAUGGAAUUUCCACGUCUGGAACGAAGCGUGGCUGUCUCGUCCCGACCUCCCCCCGGGGUACGACGGCUGGCAAGCCCUGGACCCCACCCCCAUGGACUGUAGUGAAGGUGUCGUGACGUGUGGACCCUCCCCAGUGACGGCCAUCUUGAAGGGAGACAUUUUUGUCGGCUUCGAAACGAAAUAUCUCUUCGCCGAGCUGCACGGGGGCCGCAUCCACUGGCAGGUGGACGCCGAGGGCAACAUGGAACCUUUCAUGGGCGGGAGGAGCGUGGGCGGGGCCAUCAGCACCAAGAGUGUCGGCACUAUAUCCAGGGAGGACUUGACGCACAAGUAUAAAUAUCCGGAAGGAAGCCAAGAGGAAGCUCAAGUUUUAGAAAAAACUGGCAAGCUUUGCAAUAGAAAAACGCCGGUUUUCUCCAAACCUGCCAAGGAGGAUGUACUCUUUACCCUGGAGGGUGGGACAGAAAAGGGUGGGGACAUCAAGGCUACGCUGCGUGCCCGAAACACGGGGACGGAGGGUCGGGUCGUGGACGUCUACCUGGGGGCGUUGUCCGUGUUUUACACUGGGGUGACUGCAGCCGAGCUGAAGAAGAUUAUUACCUCCCUUGUGAUUCAGCCCAACACAGAGACCACGUCAACGUUGGAACUUAAGUGUGCCGAGUAUAUCGAGCUCAAGCCCACAGACAGUCACGUGACCUCCUACGUCAUGGCCAAGGUCAAGGAGACCGGGCAGAGAUUUGCGACGGUACAGAGCUACUGUCUCGACAGGCCUCAGCUAGAGAUUAAGACUGAGGGGAGAGCACUACAAGGGCAGACGUUCACAGUUGUUGUGAAGUUGACCAAUACCUUGUCCGUGCCGUUAACGAACGGGACGAUUUCAGUGGACGGUCCAGGAGUUGUCAGGGCAAUAGGCAUCAAGUUAAAAAAACCUGUUGAUCCUGAGGAAGAAAUCAGAGAGACGGUGACCUUGACCGCAAGAAGGUCAGGGGUUAAGGAGGUCAUAGCUGUGUUCUAUUGUCGACAGAUCUGUAAUGUGGCUGCCGUGGCUGAAAUAGAUUUUGUGAAGGGUGAUAAAAUUUAGAGUUGUUGGCCUUUAAAGACAUGGACACAAAUCAAUUUAACCACCAGUUCUCUCUUAAACCAAGAAUUAACAGAGUAAAAUCAAGCCAACCAAAUCGUUAUCAUUGAAGUUGAUAAAAACUAACUAUGGCUGUGGUUUAUUGAAAUAUAUACUUAUUUUGACUACCAAGCUUUAUCUUAUUUUUAGAAUUGAAAUAUUUUAAUUAGGGAAAUAAUAAUUGUUAUUAAUCAUUUUGUUUGUAAAUUUAUGGUGUCAAAGCACUUAGCCUUUAUGGUUAACACUAAACUGGAGGUA